GCACAAAAAAUUGCGUAGAAUGUUAAUGAUUCACAUGGAUCGUCUUACCCAUCAACAGCACCACCACCAUCCUGUGGAUGCUCGACAUUGGGAAACGGAUUCCAAUACAGAUGACGCCAGGUCCAUUAAAUCGGCGAGUAUCAGCGGGAUGCUUCCAUUGGCCUCCGACUUUAAACCAGGUCCUUACGAUGUAAUUUGUGCUCGAGGAAAGGCGGCAAAAAACCACGUGGGUAACAUUCAAUAUCGGCUUAACGUGGAACGGACGCUCGAGCAAUACAGUGCCGCCAGUACCAAGCUAGAAAAGUCCCAAAUCGUUUCCGGCAUUGUGGAUUCCAUUCGCGAAUCCAGUCGCUAUGGAGGUUUUGUCAAAGAAGAAGAUGGUCGGUGGUUUGAAGUGGGAGACCACAUUGCACGGGAAAAGGUGGGACAAAGUUUUCGCGACAUGCUACACACGAAGUAUCGAUCGAGUACGAGGGCAAAGAAAAAGCGACGUAAAGAGGAACAGAGCAAAAUGGGUGACGAUGUUGACACGUUCAUGCUAUCCCAUGCAAACGUGGCUUCCAAAAUGAAGGAACUGUCCCAGACGGCGCAACAGCGAGAAACGGACCAAUCUAUGGAAGAAAUGUUCAACAAAGCCAAUGACCAACUGUUGCAGGUUCUCAAGAGGGAAUCGCAACACCAGCAGUUGAAUGAAGCCGAACACACACCAGAUGGCCAAACUUCCCCAAACCUCGAUCCGAUCCCCUUCGCGGCGGUCGCUCGUCGCACACAGAUCCAUCGUCCUCCGGAACAAGCACCAUAUUCUUACGGUCGCUUUGGGGAGUUGGCGUUUCUGGACGAUUCUUUGUCCGAGUCACGACCGCAAGUAGCAGAGUCGUCUUUGUCCCACCCGCACAUCGAUUCUGCUUUUUCUGAAUUCCAGGCCCCGCAGGAUUUCAACCGCAAGCGCACACGCUGAA